CAAGAGACAUCAGGCUUAUCAGUGGUCGCCUAGAGAUAGACUGGUCGCCAUGGUUGACCUCUUGGCAAUCUAUUUGGAAUCGGAAUGCCUGCGAAUACACAAUAUACAGUGGUGAAGUACGAAUAUUAAGAUUAGGUUCGGGAUUCAAUCGGCGGGGGCGGAUAGGCAGCGACAGAAAAAUGGCUCUUAUGAUGGGGCUACUGUCGGCGGCUGCUUCGCCUCUACGGCUUAGUAUAAGGUCGUUGGGACGCUAUUCCAUGGUCAGAACUCUGUGUCUGACAACUCGAGGGUACAGUGCCAAUGCAGUCAAUAGAAUCGCAUCGCACUACUCAAGACCAUUAUCAUACUAUGCUAAUAGCCACCUGAACUUCCGACUCCGAUACUCAACAGAAUCGCCUAAAGGUGAAAAUCCUAAAGAGUCCGAGCCUUCUAGCAGUGGCGGGGGUCGCUCAGGAGAUGGAAGUGGGGGUGGAGGGGGGAGAAGAGGAGGCAAGAAGGACUGGUGGAGCCGUAUGCAGAAGGGGGAUUUCCCAUGGGAUGAGAAAGACUUCCAGUACCUAGCGCUUGGUGCAGCUGGGGUCUCUGCCACCAUUCUCUAUUUAUAUUUUAGAGACAGAGGGAAGGAAAUCACCUGGAAGGACUUUGUCCAUCGCUAUUUGGACAGAGGAGUGGUGGACCGCCUGGAGGUGGUCAACAAGCAGUAUGUGCGAGUCAUCUUAGUUCCCAGAGCAGAUGCUGGAGAUGGGAGUUACGUAUGGUUUAACAUAGGCAGCGUGGACACGUUUGAAAGGAACCUCGAGACGGCUCAGCAAGAGCUUGGACUGGAACCUUCCCACAGGGUAGCGGUGGUCUACAGCUCUGAGAGUGAUGGGUCCUUCCUCAUGAGCAUCAUUCCCACGCUGCUAUUGAUUGGCUUUCUGCUCUUCACUCUUCGCCGGGGGACAAUGGGAGCAGGAGGUGGCGGGAAGGGUGGGCUGUUCAGCAUGAGCCAGUCCAACGCCAAAAUGAUGAAGGACAACAUUGAAGUCAAAUUCAAGGAUGUGGCAGGAUGUGAGGAGGCUAAGUUGGAGAUCCUUGAGUUUGUCAACUUCCUGAAGAACCCUCAGCAAUACAAGGAUCUGGGGGCCAAAAUCCCAAAGGGUGCGGUGCUGUCUGGCCCACCAGGCACUGGGAAGACUCUGCUGGCCAAAGCUACAGCAGGAGAAGCCAACGUCCCUUUCAUCACAGUCAACGGCUCCGAGUUUCUAGAGAUGUUUGUGGGGGUUGGGCCAGCCAGGGUAAGGGACAUGUUUACCAUGGCUCGUAAGAAUGCCCCCUGCAUCCUCUUCAUUGAUGAGAUUGAUGCGGUUGGCAGGAAGAGAGGUGGCGGGAACUUUGGUGGGCAGAGUGAACAGGAAAACACCCUCAACCAGCUGCUAGUGGAGAUGGAUGGGUUCAACACCAGCACCAACGUGGUGGUUCUUGCUGGGACCAACAGACCAGACAUCCUGGACCCUGCACUGAUGAGGCCUGGCAGAUUUGACAGGCAGAUUUAUAUUGGUCCACCUGACAUCAAGGGCCGGGCGUCCAUCUUCAAGGUUCACCUGAGGCCUCUGAAACUAGACCCCAGCAUGGACAAAGAUGCCCUGGCCAGGAAAAUGGCAGCAUCCACUCCUGGUUUUACUGGAGCUGAUAUUGCCAAUGUGUGUAAUGAAGCUGCUUUGAUUGCUGCCCGGUAUCUGCACGAGUCCGUCAAUGCAAAGCACUUUGAGCAAGCUAUCGACAGGGUGAUUGGAGGUUUGGAGAAGAAAACUCAGGUCCUGCAGCCCACAGAGAAGAGGACUGUGGCGUUCCAUGAGGCUGGCCAUGCUGUAGUGGGCUGGUUCCUGGAACAUGCUGACCCCUUACUGAAGGUGUCCAUUAUUCCCCGGGGGAAGGGAUUGGGUUACGCACAGUACUUGCCUAAGGAGCAGUAUCUGUACACGCGCGAGCAACUGCUGGACAGAAUGUGCAUGAUGCUGGGCGGCCGCGUGGCGGAGCAGGUGUUCUUCGGACGGAUCACCACGGGAGCUCAGGACGACCUGAAGAAGGUCACACAGUCCGCCUACGCUCAGAUAGUGCAGUUUGGCAUGAGUGACAAGGUGGGCCAGGUGUCGUUUGACCUCCCUCGACAGGGGGAGGUGGUCAUGGAGAAGCCCUACAGUGAGGCCACAGCUGAGCUCAUAGACCAGGAGGUACGAGACCUGGUGGACCGGGCCUACCAGCGGACCAUGGAGCUCGUCCUGGACAAGAAGGACGUGGUGGAGAAGGUGGGGAAGAGGCUCUUGGAGAAGGAGGUGCUGGACAAGGCCGACAUGCUGGAGCUGCUUGGGCCACGCCCGUUCGAGGAACGCUCCACCUACGAGGAGUUUGUUGAAGGGACUGGCAGCUUCGAGGAGGACACCAGCCUCCCCGAGGGCCUGAAGGACUGGAACAAGGAGCGCAGCGUAGUCCAGGAAGAGGAGCCCAGCAAGGAGAAGCAAGUGGCUUAGGCCAGGAGUGCAACCUCCCCCACCCACCCACCCAGCGGUCUGCCCUCUCAGCUGCCUCUGUGGGUUAACCUCUCUGCUGCUCAGCUGGAGCAUGCAGGAGUGCGGAGAACCUUUAUGUAUUUAUUUGCAACUUUUUGGUUUUGAUUUGACUGGUGUCGAAGCAAAGGAAGUCCUCUGAAGCCUUAACAGCACCAAUUUGGCUCUGUGUGAAGCCGUAGACAAACAAUAUGAUACCAGUGUGUUGUUUGUCCAGUUUGACCCUUUAUGUACAGUGUGGGUUUUGGGGCGGUGAUGUCACUGAAGGAAGAGAAUGAUGUAUAUGGUGGCCCCGUACGCAGUUUAUAGUAGCAAGAUUGUGGUAUAUCAAAUCAUUGUUUGUUUAAACUGGUGCUUAUGAAAAUCAAAACCAAACUGCCGUGAACCUGAUCCACACAGUCAGUCCAUGGAGGCAAGAGUCUUCAAAAGGCUUUUAGUGGUACAGACACCCGUAGCUCUGUUGUAAUUUCAUUAAAAUGCGUAAAUUCAAUUUUGGUGGAAUUCUCUGGGCAGGAUCCUAACUAGCUCUGUUUUCUUUUUUUUUUUUUUUCAAGCUGACUGCCCAUGUUUGUACAGUGGAGACACCGAGUUUUAUUCGUCCUUGCCUUCAAUCUGUCCUUUUCCCAACUCUCCCUCCCUUUUCACCUCCUCUUUUACUCUCUCUUUUAUGAUGAAGUGAAUGGGAACAUUCCCUCUUUCUACUGUAUUUUAUUGGAAUGAGCAGAGAGAGAUCAGGUUAGAGUCUUUCUCUCUCUCACUAUCUCUGAGGAGGCGGAGUGAUCCCAGCCCGGCCCAGCACAAGUAGGACACACGCUGGCUCUGUCAUCCAUCACAGCCCUCACACUCCUGAGCCAGCAGCCAGCCGCCAGCCACCCCCCGUUUCAGGGCACCGUUCAAGCUUAGCGCCUGACAGCAAGACACUGGCUCAAAAUAGCCCAAACGUUGUACUCUCAACACAGCAGUGAGUAGGUUUUAGAUGGGGGGGGAACAUUUCAACAUGCCCUUACAAACGAUGUCGGCAGAAAGUGUUACGGGGGCUGCCUGCUAAAGUAUGCCUGUAACUGUUUUGUCUGUGCAGCUAGCGACAUUAGCUUCAGUGUGCUUCAGUGCCUCUUCUACAGAUGAAUUGUUACUGAAGUAAGGAUGACAGAGAGUGGAUCAGGAUGGUUCAAGGUUACCAGACGCUGUUUUUUUUUCUUCUCCAUGUGUUGCAUUGGCAGAAAGCUAUCGUGAUGUACUCCCCACAAGGUCGUUUGCAAUUCCACUAGAGUGGUUUGGGUGAAAUGUCAGCAGAUUUUGCAGCUUGCUUCUUUUGAAAAGUCUAGUAUGUAGUUGACCACAAGCAAGGUACCUCACGCCAACAAAAUGAUGUAAUUCUGAAGAGUAUUGAAGAUUAAAGAAGGUCUUUCUCCGUAUUCAUAUGCAUUCUACACAUCGUAUUUGUUUUUAGCCCCAUUUCUCCUUGUUUUCGUGUCCAUUUUUUUAAAAGUUCAGAAAUGUGUAAACAAGAAAGGUACAGGGUGCCUUGUCUCACCUGUUGUAGGCUUUGACAAAAAUCUACGUACUUCACUUUUAUUUCUUGAAGCUGAUUGUGGAAAUCAUCAAUAGUAUCACCACUGAAGAUGCCUCUUUGUCAUUCAAUGAACAUUUGUAAAUAUGUUUGCAUAGAUGGUUUAAUGUGUACAUUUGCUUUGUACAAGAAAAUGCUGAAAAACAUCCCUGUAAGUCAACUUCCUUAUCACAGGAGCACAAACAAGACGUUCCAGUUAAAGCAAACAAAUCGUGAUGAUGUAACAAAACACAUACUGGUAUUUGAUUAACAAAUAAAUACUUCGAAGAACCAUU